AUGCUAGCAUGUAUUCCUGUGACCUUGAUCGUCUUCAAGAUCCGCCGUUACUUGCUACACUGCGAGUUUGUCCGCCGCCAUGGUUGCCAGCCUGCAGUAAGGGCCAACAAGGACCUUUUACUGGGACUGGAUCAGAUGCUACCGCUGGUCCGCGCCGUCGGAGAGCAUAAGGUCCUUGAGACAUUGCGGGAGGCUUAUCAUCGCUAUGGAAAUACUUAUUCAACGAAACGGAUUCUAAGUCCCGGCAUUUUUACCACGGAACCGGCCAACAUCAAAACGAUCCUAUCAGUCAAUUUCGAGGACUAUAGUCUCGGACACCGUACCCGACAUUUCGAACCACUCCUCGGGAGAGGAAUUUUCGAUACGGACGGUGACGACUGGGCUAUGUCUCGCGCCCUCAUCCGGCCCAGCUUCACCCGCAACCAGGUUGCGGAUUUGACGUCGUUUGAAGACUUGAUUCCGGACCUCUUCGCACUGAUCCCGCGUGACGGAGAAACGGUCGUGGACCUCCAAGAUCUCUUUUUUCGCUACACGAUGGAUUCAGCUACCGCGUUUCUGUUCGGACAGUCGGUCGGCAGUCUACGGAUGGAUCAGUCAGAUCUUAGUUUUGCCCCGGCAUUCAACUAUUCCCUGGAGGUGAUCGCGAUGAACCUGAUACUUGGACCAUUCAGUAUAUUCAACCGCGAUCGGAAGGCUCAGGAAUGCAAUCGCAUCUGCCGGGAGUUCGCCGAGCGAUUCGUUGAGGACGCGGUUCAAGCGGCUCGGCCUGAAAAGGAAAUUCCCGAGACCAAGCGCGAGAGUUAUAUUUUCUCGCACGAACUGGCACGGCGCACCUCUGAUAAGCAACGCAUUCGGGAUGAACUGAUGAAUGUCCUGCUGGCCGGCCGCGAUACCACCGCCAGCCUUCUGAGCAAUAUGUUCUUCAUGCUGGCCAAGUAUCCGGCGAUCUGGGACAAGCUGCGCCGGGAAGUGGUCAGCUUAGACGGCCGGUUGCCUACGUAUGAGGAGCUCCGAAAUCUCAAGUAUCUCCGGUGCUGUAUGAACGAAUCAUUACGUUUACACCCAGUUGUACCGCUGAACGAGCGUCUGGCGGUAAAAGAUACGGUCCUUCCCCUGGGAGGAGGCAAGGAUGGUCUCUCUCCGGUCUUUGUAGCUAAAGGCACUCAGGUCGCGUACAAUGUGUACGCGAUGCACCGACGGACGGAUUUCUAUGGACCUGAUGCAGAGGAAUUCCGACCUGAGCGCUGGGAGGACGGGCAAUUGAAGCCACGCUGGGAGUACCUUCCCUUUAAUGGCGGUCCACGCAUCUGUAUCGGCCAGCAAUAUGCGCUGACCGAAGUGGGAUAUGUGACUGUUCGGAUGGCCCAGGAAUUCCGGACGUUGGAGAGUCGGGAUCCGGGACCGUGGGAAGAGUCGCUGAACUUGACGCUGUGUUCUCGGAAUGGGACGAAAGUGUGUCUCACGCCGGCUUGACCAUACGUCGUUCACUUAGACUUAGAUGUGGUGUACCUGAUUCUUAGACCACCACUGGCCUAGAUCAAUGAUUAAUGCCAUGUAUGUUGAACGGGAUAAG